CUUUAAAGUAAUGAAUGAGGUUAAAUGGUUUUAUUGUGCCACUUAUUUAAUUUGUCUUACUCCAUGCUUUUUCCCCUCUCAACAUGUUCAGUUGGAAUUCAUGUCAAGUGCCCUAGAUUCAUUUUCAUUCAGUGCUAACCAUCAGAGCUUUUCCUUGACCUGAUUUUGCUCUGUGUAUCCCCAUGUCCUUUGGCAGCGCUAAGGCAGAAGGAAGAAGCAUGCCUUGGUUUAAUCCAAUGGACUGGGUGAAGCAUGGCAGGGGAUCGCCCAGACUGGUCCUGGUAGUGGUGUGUGUGGCGCUCCUUCUGGAUAACAUGCUACUGACAGUUGUAGUUCCAAUCAUCCCCACCUUCCUAUAUGCCCUGGAGCACGAGAAAGAGAACCUCUCCACUUCCCCUCUCUCCUCCUCUUCUUUCAGUGUGACACUACGACCCCUCAGCCAAUCCGCCUCAUCCUCUAUCCUCUCCCUGUAUGACAACACCACCUACAACUCUCUACAAGUCUCUUACAGCAACGUCACUGAGUUAGCACCGUCCCUUCUGCCUAACCGGGAGGAAAACCGCAGUAAGGGCCUGGGCCCAGAACAGCUAGAGGGUUGCCAACACGACAGCCAGUUUUUGGAAGAGGAGAACAUCCGUGUGGGGCUCCUGUUUGCCUCCAAGGCCCUGGUGCAGCUGCUAGUCAACCCAUUUGUGGGUCCACUGACAAACAGGAUUGGAUACCACAUACCAAUGUUUGCAGGGUUUGUCAUCAUGUUUAUGUCAACAAUAUUGUUUGCCUUCUCAGAGACGUACAGUUUGCUGUUUUUUGCUCGAUCUCUUCAAGGAAUUGGCUCAUCAUUCUCCUCCGUGGCAGGAUUGGGAAUGCUGGCCAGUGUGUACACAGAUGAUGAUGAAAGAGGCGUUGCUAUGGGAGUAGCACUUGGUGGACUGGCCAUGGGGGUUCUAAUUGGCGCCCCAUUUGGCAGUGUGAUGUAUGAGUUUGUGGGGAAAAGAUCCCCAUUCCUCAUUCUAGCCUUCCUUGCUAUUUUUGAUGGAGUUCUGCAACUCUGUAUUCUCCAGCCCUCAAAGAUAUCUCCAGGAAGUGCAGAGGGAACCCCACUGUUGACUCUCCUGAAAGACCCCUACAUCCUCAUCAGUGCAGGGUCUUUGUGUUUUGCCAAUAUGGGAGUUGCCAUGCUGGAACCCACCCUGCCCAUAUGGAUGAUGCAGACCAUGUGUUCACCAAAAUGGCAGCUGGGUAUGGCUUUUCUUCCAGCUAGCAUAUCCUACCUUAUCGGAACUAAUCUGUUUGGUGUGCUGGCCAACAAAAUGGGAAGAUGGCUCUGCUCCAUGAUAGGAAUGCUGGUGAUUGGCGUGAGCCUCCUCUGUGUUCCCCUUGCAACAAAUAUCUAUGGCCUCAUCAUUCCUAAUGGUGGUCUUGGGUUUGCUAUUGGAAUGGUGGAUUCCUCUAUGAUGGCGAUCAUGGGGUACCUGGUGGAUAUUCGUCAUGCGUCUGUAUAUGGAAGUGUGUACGCCAUUGCAGAUGUAGCAUUAUGCAUGGGGUUUGCCAUUGGUCCAUCUGCAGGAGGCGCCAUAGUCAACAGCAUUGGCUUUCCCUACCUCAUGGUCAUCAUCGGCAUCAUCAACAUCCUGUAUGCCCCUCUCAGCUGGUUCCUGAGAAACCCAGCCGUGAGAGAGGAGAAGAUGGCCAUCAUCAACCAGGAAUGUCCAAUGUAUGUGAAAAGUUACGACACACAGAGUCGGACAGAUCUUCCUCUCUGCGACACCAGUGAAGAGGAGACUGAAGAGUGACACAAAUGGCACCAGUGACUAACACUAAAUAAUGAAGGUUUUCAUUUCACACCAGAAAACAUGUUAAUGUCAUUAUAGGAUUAAUCACACCAGACAUGUGUUUUUUAAGUUCAUAUAUCAUAUGAAUGAUUCGUAUAGGUACAUGUAUUAUAUGUGUGUUAGUCAGUGUUAUAUCAUGGUAGAACUUCCCAAAUGUAACACCUUGCAUUCUACAGUGGUAAAAGUGGUUCAGACCCCACUGCUACACAAUGGUCAUUGUUAUUGUUUCACCAUUGCAGCCUUGCUAGUCUCUUGUGUUUAUAACAUAUACGCAUAUCAGUUGAGGCAAACGGUAAAUUGAUUUCAAUUGAAUUCAACGUGCUACAGCCUCUUAUAUACUAUUGUUUACUUGUGCCACUCACAUAAGUCAUGUUGCAAUCAUAUCAUUAUUCAUUGGGAAUUCUGUUUUAGUAAUAAAU